AUCUCGAAGCGAUCUUGGUCGACAUUACAUUCCUUUGCUCCUUGUACAUAGGCUAUGUCUUCAACAGAAUCAAUGAAAAACUUCAUCUUACCGCUCUUCGUGAUAGUGGUCUGCCAAGAGUACCCGUACAUACCACAGACCGAUGAUGAAAGCUUAGCUCCUUGUCCAAGCGACUACACUGAUGGAGACGACGGACAAUGUUAUAAGUUGUACACUAACAAUUCCAACUAUGCGGACGCCUCAGAUCGAUGUCAGCAAGAAGGUAGCAAUCUCGUGUCAAUUUACGACAAGCAGAAGAAUAGUUUUAUCGUGCAAAUGGCCAAAAGCGCAGGUCUCAUAAUCUGGAUAGGGCUGAAGUGUAUCAACCCAUAUGGCGGCUACCCUUGUGUAUGGGAGGGCGACCUUCAGCAAAAUUUACCUCGCUACACUAACUUUUUUGAAGGAAAUCCAAACAGUAUCGGUGAAUGCGUUCUAUUGAUGAUUGGUGGAGAAGCUGAUGGGAAAUGGGUUAGUGCUAAUUGCGAAUACAUGAGGAUCGGAUUCAUCUGCCAAGUAGCUAGAAAAAAGCUCUGCGGCGACUACACUGAGUACAAAGAAGGUCGUAAAUGCUACAAGCACAUCAGUCGCAAUUUAACACUAGAAGAAGCGGAACAGCAUUGUCAGUUGGACUGUGGGCAUCUUGCCUCCAUACAUAACAUCGAGGAAAAUAGCUUCGUCUAUAAUAUGCUUAAAGACCAUGAACUCGCAUACGCAUAUGCAUACGCAUAUCUGGGCCUGACAGUUGCAAAUGACGAGUUUUCAUGGAUGGACAAUACGACUUUUGAUUACGAUAACUUUGGUGUUAACAAUACAGCCCUUGGUCGGUGUGUGGCUAUGUCUCUGGAGGAAGAAACUGUUGAUGCCGCUGAAUGGAUCAGUGCACCAUGCGAUCACAGUUUACCAUUCGUUUGUCAGCGAGCACGAGGAGCAUGUUUCAACAUCACAUCAUACUCUGAGCUUCCAUUACCGACAAUGGCACCCGGCUCCUGUGGAACACCUCAAUUUUUUGAGCAGAACGGCACGAUAUAUUCACCUGGCUACCCAGAAUUUUAUCGCGGACUUAAAUCUUGCUUCUAUAUCAUGACAGUGUCUCCGGGUGGACUAGUACGAAUUCGCUUUCUUCAUCUCAACAUCCACCCUAGAAGCACAAUUAAGCUUUAUAAUUCCGUAAUCGAUAUCAUUCCUUCUGACACUGUGCCGCUUCAAACCCCGCCAACGAAGUAUUUCCAGUCAUCAACAAACGUGAUGAAAAUGGUUUUUGUAUCACCACCACAACCACAGGGUCCCUAUUACGAACCGAUUGAAUACCCAAGCGCAUGGAAGGCGGAAUUUUCAGAAAUUUAAUUAAGAACGACAGCUUCUCGAUAAAGCACUGGUGCCAUCACUUUAUCUCUUGGAAAUUACUUUAUAGAAUGUCUCAGAAAGUAUGCUCAAUAUUUGAUUGUUAAUCUCUCUACAUUCGCCUUUGCCGCCUAUAUAGCAUCAUCCUAUAGAGCGGGAUUCUAGUUAUAUUUAUGUUGUCGAGCAAAUUAUUUGUCGCAUUUCGUUACUGUAGGAUUACAAUAAGAACUUCCAGCAAUAGCGCCGGUGUAAACUUACUGAUUUAGAAAAUC